AUGAAGUUACGGAUCUUGGGUCUGUUAGUUUGUGUGUGGUCAUUAGUGGUGCUAUCGGCUCCAGCUCGAGCCUUGGAAACCAGUGAUCGAAACAAAGAUGGGAAAAAAGUUGAUGACUAUGCUGAUGAAGAUGAAGAAUAUGAAUACGAUGAUGACUACGAAGAUGAAGAUGAGUAUGAAUAUGAAGAUGAGGAUGAAUAUGAAGAUGAGGAUGAAUAUGAAGAUGAGGAUGAAUAUGAAGAUGAGGACGAAUAUGAAGAUGAAGAUGAGGAAGUAGCCAAAGAUUUAGCAGAAGAUAAAGGUGCUGCUGAAGGUGUGGAAGAAGCUGUAGAUACAAAUAAAGAUGAGCACGAAGAAGAAAAUACAACUGACAACAUGGACGACAAUAUACAUGAAGAUCAAAAUGACAGCGAAGAUGGUGAAUACGAUGAAGAUGACUACGAAGAAGAAGACAAAAACGAUGAAGAAGAUGAUGAUGAAGAAGAUGAUGAUGAAGAAUACGAUGAUGAAGAAUACGAUGAUGAAGAAUACGAUGAUGAAGAAGACGAUGAAUAUGAGGAAUAUGAAUACGAAGAUGAGGUUAAAACAGCUUCUGCCCCAAAAACUACGAACAAAAUAUCCAAAAAACCAAAAAAGCCAUUGAGAUUAUCCCACAAACCAUUGAAAGCAAAAGUUAAACCUUCAAAAAGAAUUCAUUUACACAACAAAUUUAAGGCUGCUUUGAAGAACAAAGCUAAGCGAAACUCGAAGAAACAUGGAAAAUAA